AGUGUAUCAGGAAUUAGUGUCCCCCGGAAACUUGUCUUGGCGGAACGCUUGUUUGCUAGGAAGUGGCAGCCCGUUCUGGAGUUGGUAUAACGGCUAUCUUGGCGGGCAGAGAAAGAAGCUGGAGAUGCAAACUCGGUCUAGGAGCGGCGGGCAGGAGCCUGACAGAAACGAGGAUGCGUUGGUCCGACAACCAAUCAGGCAUUCCCAAAGAGCCACCACUAAGGGAGCUGAAGCCGGCAAUGAUGAGAACAAUACAAAAACCAGUCAAGACAAGAAGAUUGCAGGUCCUGCUAAAAGAACGAACACGAAGACUAGUUUCAGUGGUGGUGUAGCCAGGGAUGGCAGAAAGAUAACUAUUCUUAACUCAAGUAAACCUGCAUCAGUCCAAAAUAGCAUUAGAGAUGAUGAUUCUAUAUACAGUAGUAAAGGGAGUGAAAAUGAAACGGAGAGCAGUGAAGAAGAAUUAGAACGUACUUCUGGUUCUAAAAUCGUUAAAACUUCAUCAACAGAUGUUCGUUACGUGCACGGUAAUCAAGGUGAUCAAGGUAGACAGACCAGUAGACCGACCAAUCGAAGACCAAGAAAAGAUCUUAAGAACGAUCCACAGGAUUUCAACAGGAACCACAAUACUUUUGAUGAGAAGAGAGAAUUUUCCCACAAACAGCCAGAAAAAAAAGCCAGAGAUCCUCUACUGGAUAAAAAUAGAAUUGAAGCCUAUUCUGACGGUGAGGAAGACCAACUCCAAACCAGUAUCAGAAGUGCAGAAAACCAACCCAAACCUCAACCAGUAAGAGGUACAUUCUGGAUCCUGAUUAUAGCUUUGAUUGUUAUUUUACUGGGAGUUUGUAUAGUAGUCCUGAAGAAUCCUAACACACUCAGCGCAGAAAAACAACAAAAAAAAGUAAUGGAAUCUUUCCAGGAUAAGUUUAGAAAGUUUCCAAUUCUUUUUUCUGGUCAGUCAUCGGACCUUUGGUACAGGAGCCAAAGGAUUUUAGAAUUGCAACUCCGUCAUGGGAAUGAAAACAAGGAACCUGCCAUUAUUUUAUUAACCGGUGCCCAGGAUGCAAAACAGAUGUUGCAUUGUGUAGGAAACUAUCUGGCAAAAACCUAUGCUUCUACCCUUAACGGCAGCUACACAGUCCUCUCUGGGACGGAUAUGCCCUCUGAAGACAGUGAAGAUGUUAAGAUGAAUAUUGAUCAAAGGCUAAAUGCAGGAUUCCAAGGUAACAGUAAAGCGGCAGUGCUGCAUCGUUUAGAAUUACUACCUCCUGGGUCGUUGAUCAUUCUCUACAAAUAUUGUGACCAUGAGAAUGCGGCUUUUAAGAAUGUUGCACUGGUGCUAACGGUGCUUUUGAAGGACCCUACUUUGCAACCAGACAUUGGGCUUAAUGAACUGGAGGAGACCGUCUAUGACUUCUUAAAGGAAACAUUCAUUACUCAAGGAAAGUCCAGGACGUCCCAUAACGAGAUGGAUGGAGACAAGCUGGGGGGAGUGUGGAGUCGCAUCUCGCAUGUUGUGCUGCCUGUGUUCCCUGGAAAACAGAAUGUGAAAGAAUGUGAAGAAUCCAAAACCAGUCCAUGAAGAUAGCAAUUCUUUUAAGCACAACAUGAAAUGGGAUCAGUGCUAUAUGUGCACUCAUACAGAGCUCUAUGUUCAGAAUUGUUUGAAGGAAAUCUAGUUUCCCAUAAAAAUAUAAUUCUUUAAUUUCUUCUCCAAUACCCCACCAGAAAACUAAAAUGGAGCAUUUGAUUGUUACAGGUAAAGAAACCAGUUCAUUUGUCAAACACUUUUAGCCUUAGUCCAUUGUGUCCAUAUACCAUUGUUGAUAACCCUGGACACCAAGGCUGGAGUAAAAUAGGACUUUCUCGGUCUUUUACCUCACUUCUCAUCAACAUUGAUGGUCCUCAGCUCUGUCCUGGGUGACGGUUGUGGUUAGAGAGAUGGACCACCAAUUGUAAUGACACAAAACUUUGUGUAUAUCCACAUCCAGCCAGUGACGUAAUCUGAAGUUCAUUCAUUGGCUGCGGCUUUCACUCCAAAUACCUCAUAAAAAAAAAUGUGAGCUCUGAACGGGAAAGUGGCAUUGUCUAUUAAAAAUGAUGACUUCUUCCACAGAGAUGAAUUGAGCAUAAAUCUAAAAAAAACUAUACUUGUGACUGGAAGUAUAAUUCAGCUAGAUUCUGAGUUGGUAAAUAUAUAUUUUUUUUAAUUUGCUUUAAUUUGAACUUCUGCAAUGAUAAAAAUCUACUGUUGCUUGGGUACAUCGUCACAGGCCCUGAAUAAGCAUCCAGCUAGCAUUGUCUAAAUCACCUUCCCUGUCAGUGACCCAGAAGUAUUGAGGCUGGUGGAUCAGUAUGGCAGCUAGAAUUUUUAGGAGGGUCUGCUUUGACAUCCCAUGUAUUUUUUGCAAUACAAGGUGAACUGGUAAAAUACAAAAUGUCAUAAUAAAUAGGCCACAGAUAUUUAUGGAGGAACUCCAUUAAACAUGUUUAUCUAAAAUGGUCACAAAAAAAAAGUUAAUUUUAGAAAACUGUGUAGUUUGUGUGAAAGUAGUGUCCCCAUGUCACUUUCUACUACAUACUUUUAGCAACCAAUGAAUUAUGCCGCUAGGUGCUGGAGAAGGUCUUUGAAAGUCACAAGAGAUGAUCAAAAGCACUUAUGUAUUGUCUGCUUUUGGUGCACUGGCUCCCUGUUUUCUGCAGAAUCCCAAAAUAAAGCCAAGCUGAGCAGUGUCCCUACCCUACA